AGUAUGCUAGCAUACCGCACUCUGAAGAGUCGUCCAAGCCCGAUGUUCCUUCUCAGCCUAGCUCAGCUGCUUCCGCAAACUCAACUACGGAGUCACCGCAAAUAACGAGUCAGUCUAUGGACGUCGAUCACGAGUCUGACAGUGAUGACCCGUCUCUAUUUCAGCGCAUCCGUUUGCUUGAGCCCAAAGGAAUAGCAUGGACCGCACUGCAUGGAAUCGUCAACAUACAAAAGAACGGAAUCGAGGCUCUGAAUAUGUACCCAGUACACCUCGAAGUAGAAGGGCGAUGUGGUGAGAACGUGUCGCCUCUUUUGUCGUGGGGAGCAGUGCAAACGAGCAAUCCCUUGCCGCUCUUCUCUAACGAUAGUAUGUCGUACUUUGAGGUGCUCCUGGGUGCUUUGGAUAAAUGCGCAUGCCAUAACCAGGGCCAAACACUGGAAGACGUCAAAGUAGCUGUAGGAUAUUGCAUCGACCUUCGAAAUCCGGAAUGUCUCAUUCGUGCAAUGGUCGAGGUCCUGGAACGCGUUCAGCUAGAUGAUGGGAAAGUUAAUCCUAUCAUAAACAAUUGGGGCCAUCUUGAAUUCGUGGACUCUCUUGGGUCUUGGGUUCCUGGAGACUUGAUUGGAUGUCUUCUCGACCCAAUCCGAGGCCAAUGCAUCUUCAGCCGGCAGACACCAGAAGCUCGACAACAACGCCAUUUUGGACUACUCACAGCAGCUUCAAGUCACACAAAGUACCGUCCGUUUUCCGCUGAAAGUUGGCGGCCUACGGUGUUCUUUGGCCCUGGCUCUAGUGUUGUAGCUAAUUUUGGCCAACGACCCUUCCAGUUCAACUUGAAUAACUACAUCGAAGGUAUAGAGUUUGGGCCCAAGCGAGUACCUUCAAGACCCUUGAUUGAUCUUCAUCGUCCUCUUGCUGGUGCCAAGAUUGACAUCCACAAGAAUAGGCGAAUGAGAUGACGCUUCACUUGGUCUCAGAAAGCUAUCAAAGAACUCUUCGAGCCAGAUAUAAAGGAAGUCAACUCAAGAACAGCAAGAUACACUCCGCCCCCAGAGCUAUCCCCGAUUCAUCGAAUAGCUCCGGCUACGAAGAGCUCACGGAAGAGGCACUCCAGCCUUUGGAUCAC